AUGAUCUCAAAUUCCAUUGUCAGUGCCAUUCUUUUUUUGUUCUGCCUUUUAAUACAGUAUACCAAAGCUACAUUAAUUUCGUGUUAUGCAAAGUAAGUCUAGAUUUUCAUUCUUAUCCAUUUUUAAUUUAGAAAUUUUAAGAAAUGGCAUGUUAUGAAAAGUGGAAGUUGAGUGGAAGAUUUGUAAUGUAAUUUGCACUGAAAAUCUUCCACCCAGCUUUUAUUUUUAAAAAAUCAUAAAAUGGUCUAAAAAUCAUUAAAAUUGACAAAAACUUUCUUUACAAAACAUAAAAUGGCAAAAACUUUCUUUACGAACCAAAAAAUGGCAAGAACUUUCUUUACAAAUCAUAAAAUGGCAAAAACUUUCUUUACAAACCAAAAACUGACGAAAAUCUUUUCAGACAUAUGAAUCCACGGCCAGAAAUGAUCGACCCAUACUUGUGUACCCAUAUUUUACUGAUUGGUAGUACCAACUUUGGAGGGGAUGGUCCAACUUUUCCUCCAAUCGAAGAAAUUCGAAGGUAUAAUAAGUUGAAAACAGUCAAUCAUCGACUAAAAGUGCUGAUCUCAUUGACUCCCAACAAUCCUGCCAUGACUGCUGUGGUAUGGUUUUUUCUAAAAUUUUUAAAAAUUUUGAAAUUUAAAAACUUUUUUUAAAUUUAAAUUUAAAAAAAUCGGUAAGAAAUGCCAUUUUUUGGUAUUUUUCAUUAUAAAAUACGAUUUUUUUAUUAAAAUGGCAAAAAUUUUCUUUACAAAACAAAAAAAAGAAUUUAUCGUAUAACAUUUCACCCGCAGGCUGCGAGCCCCAAAAGUUACAAUUGUGGUACUAAAAUGGCAAGAAUUUUCCUUACAGCACAAAAAAUGGCAAAAACUUUCUUUACAGGUCACGAAAUGCCAAGAACUCUCUUUACAAACCUUAAAAUGACAAGAACUUUCUUUACAAAUCAAGAAAAUGCAAUAACUUUCUUUACAGUUCAAAAAAUUGCAAAAACUUUCUUUACAAAAAAAAUUUUUUUAUUUGUAAAAUACAGAUGUAAAUUGGCAUUUAAAACAUGAUUUUAGACCUCAAACGAGAUCCAAUUGGCCCAAUACGUCGCCCAAGUCAAGGACUACCUAUUGGCCAACGACGUAGAUGGAUUUGAUAUCGACUGGGAGUUCCCGGUCUUCAGUCCGGACGCCAAACCAUCGGACAGAGAUGGAUUCAGCUUGUUAUUGAAGGUAAAAUACGGUAUCAUGCGUUGUCGUAGGGGUAGAUUUUUGAGGUAGGGGUAGAUUUUUGAGGUCGGGGUAGAUUUUUGAGGUAGGGGCAGAUUUUUGAGGUAGGGGUAGAUUUUUGAGGGUGGGGGUAAAUUUUUUGAAAUAGGGGUAGGUUUUUGAAGUAGGGGUAGAUUUUCGAGGUGGGGGUAGAUUUUUGAGGAAGGGGUAGACUUUCGAGGUCGGGGUAGAUUUUUGAGAUAAGGGGUAGAUCUUAAAUUUAAAAAAAAUUCCAAAUUUAAAAAAAUUUUCAUUUUCAGGCCCUCAGAGAAGAGUUCGACAAAACCGGUCAAAAGCUCAUACUAUCGGUAGCACUAGGGGCUCCAUAUACAGUACUAGAGAGGUCAUACGAUAUCAAUGCACUAAACCUCUACGUUGAUCUAGUCCAGAUAAUGAACUACGAUUAUCACAUCUACAACCCUGUGACAACACCGUUUGUUGGAUUCAAUGCUCCGUUGAGGAAACUGCCAUAUGAAAUCUUCUUACUCGACCGGUUGAAUUCGGUAGGUGUGAAAUUUGGGUGAAAAUCGGGGCUAGAUUUACAAAAAUUGGGGUUAUGCAGCCUGCGGAGAACAUCUUAUACGAAGGGUUGCGAAAUGGUUAAAAAUUGAGGUUGUAAAGAAAGUUCUUGUCAUUUUUUGUUUUGCAAAGAAAGUUACUGCCAUUUCAUGAUUUGGAAAGAAAGUUCUUGCCAAAUUUUGUUUUGUAAAGAAAGUUCUUGCCAUUUUUGUUUUGUAAAGAAAGUUCUUGCCAUUUUUUGUUUUGUAAAGAAAGCUCUUGGCAUUUUAAGCUCUGUAAAGAAAGUUCUUGCCAUUUCAGGAAUACUCAACCCAGAACUACUUGAACAAAGGCCUCGACCGAAAUAAGCUAAUUUUCGGCAUUCCAACCUAUGGUCGAGGCUUUAAACUGCUCACAGAACUGCUCCACUUCCCUUAUUCACCAGCAGUUGGAGUCUCUGCGCUUGGUGAAUAUAUUCCUUAUCGACGGGUAAGUUAACACAAAUUUUUUUUAUUUUGGAAAGAAAGUUCUUGCCAUUUUUUGGUUUGUAAAGAAAGUUUGUGCCAUUUUAAGAUUUGUAAAGAAAGUUCUUGCCAUAUUAAGAUUUGUAAAGAAAGUUCUUGCCAUUUUAGGCUUUGUAAAGAAAGUUCGCUACCUAAACCUUCAUUUUCAGUCCUGUAAAUAUCAACUUUCGAACCAAUUCAGCUAUGUCUGGGAGGAUGGAGCCGCUUCCCCAUACCUAUAUCAAGGCCGGGAGUGGCUGAGCGUUGAAGACGAGCGUAGCGUCCGUCUGAAGGCCGAAUUCGCCCGAGAUCUUGGCGUAGCUGGCGUCAUGAUCUUCGCCAUCGAUUCAGACGACUACGAUGCCAAAUGCUCAAAUAAAACAUUUCCACUGAUUAAAUCAAUCCGAAGUGUCUUCAAAACCGACGAAGAAGUCGAAAAAAUGCGUGUUGAGGACACGAAAUUCGACCGGAACGAUGUCAUUUUGGACAAAAUGGAGAAAUUCGAAGUCGACAUUCUAAAGGAAAGCCCAGUCACUGUAUUGGCUACAAAAGAAAAGGCAAAAGAAGCCGCGAAACUUCCAGAAGAUUCGAUUGUUAACGAUGUUCACGUUCAAAAACACGUCGAAAUUGACACUAAUUACCCAACAGCUCUUGGAAAUGACAACAAACUGGGACAAGAUGGUACGAAAAAGAAUCCUCAGAAUCUCGGAAACCUUUUGGAUACUAUCAUUGGCUUCAAACUAGACGAUAAAGAUCCAGAAUCCAAAGUAGAAACCGACCAGAUCAGAUCUAACGUUACUUCCAAACAAACUGCCAAAACUAAUUCAAAUGAAAACCUAAAUGAAGUUAAUGUAGCUUCAAAAGAAGCCCAAGAUCACAAUCAACAUCUGAAGACCAAUAUCCAAACACCUGUCCACCAUCACCACCAAAAACGACCCAAAGUAUCCGACACGGUAUCCUCGAUUCUGGCCAAACAAAAAGAGGCCAAUAACUUCGAUGUGGUUGAAUUUAAAAAGUUGAGGAAGCGUAGACGACGACAUAACAAAAAGUGGCGAGAUCACUUCAUUGUUGUUGGUUAA